CACAUCGUAAUUGAUAAUUUACAUUAUUUGCCAUUAGUUUAAUAGUAUAUUCUGUUUAUUCUCAUAAAGUAAUACACAAUUCCGCGCUGUCGACGCUUUUGGAAAUAAAAAGGCAUUCAGCUAUUAAAUUAAAUUAUAACUCCUACAAAAAUGAGCUACAGGGACACGGCUGUUCAGCAGUGCACAUUGUUUCCGAGACACAAAUACUGUGCUGCUAAUGAACAACGGGUAGGAUCCUACCUGCGAACGCUAAUGAGUUUCGGCUCGUCCUCGUCGAUGUCCAUGCUGAGCUCGCUGAGCGCGUACCGGCGGCCGAUGGACGUGCACUCCUACAGCCCGACGCCGGACGUUAAUGAGGUGUAUCCUGGACUGUACGUGGGGGAUGCGGUGGCCGCAAAAGACAAGGCGUUCCUCCGCCGGAUGGGCAUCAACUACGUGCUCAACACCGCCGAGGGCAAGCGGUACACACAGGUCGACACCGACCAUCUCUACUACCGAGACUGCCCCGGCCUGCGGUACAAGGGCUUCCCGAUGAUGGACUUGCCAACCACAGACAUAUCCAAGUAUUUCCACAUCGCUGCCAACUUUAUCGACGAGGGCAUUUCUAGAGGAGGUCGCGUGCUCGUCCACUGCUUCAUGGGCGUGUCCCGGUCGGCGACCUGCGCCAUCGCCUUUCUCAUGAUCAAGCGCAACAUGUCCCUGACGGAGGCGCUGGCGACCGUGCGCGCGCGCCGCGACAUCCACCCCAACGAGGGCUUCCUGCGCCAACUCCAGGCGCUCGACAGGGACCUGCGCCUCCGCCUCCGCUGACCCAGAACCCCCUUCGCCUACCACAGCCUCUCCUGCGACCUGAGGCUGCCUCAUCGCGUCCGGAGCCUCGACCGCUCCUACAGCCAUCACUAUUAACGCGAAUUUCGACUGGACUUUGAGGUUUUACCAGUGAUUGUGAGAUUUAAACUGUUUUCAGUUUCAUAAAUUCGAAUUAACAAUAGUCCAUGUUAACCGUGCACUCUAUUUUUAGAGUUGAAUUGUGAUUUUUAGAGUCAUCGUUGAUAUCGUAUGCCAUUUUAUUUUUGAGCCAAAGGUAAUUAUUUUUAUAGUAUGAUCUGUUGUAGUAUAAGUAAAGUUAUGUCCAGUAUCAGUAAAUAAUAUAAGAUGUUAAAACUUCUUUAAAUUAGAGUACAUUAUUAUAUAAAUGAUAUUUAUUCAACAAAAUAGUACAAGUCUUCUAGCCUUAAGUCAUAAAAUGACUCUUAUAUGUUGUAUGUAAAGUAAAUGCGCUUGUUAAGGGCAAGUUUAUUUUUAUAGCAGUAAAUUAUUGCUUCAAGACUGGGUAUUAAGGGGCCUGUCCUAUUUGUCCCGACUUCGCAUUGAAUGUGCUCUUGUCAUUGUAUACAUAUUAACACCUAGGUAAUCUACCUUUAUUUUGGCAAAUAAAAAAAACAACAGGGCAAUCAACCUCACUGAUAGACCAAAAAAAUGCUAUACGAAAAAAAACACAAAAGGAGAAUUAUGUAUCUUGUAAGAUACGUAGCCAAUAAAAGGGUUAUUGGGCGCUGCCAAUGUCGCCUUGUUUUUGAAAUGAUUUGAAAAGGCACAUACAAAUAAUUUCAUGACAAGUUAUGGAUUUGAUGAGAAGUUAUAGAACUCAACUUGCUCAAAUGGAAGUAACACGCAGCGUGUUCACGAAAAUAGGAAUAAUUCCCAUCCAUGGCAGUGACAUCAGGGAAAACUAAAGUCUGUGUUUAGGAAAACAAGAAAACUAAGCAUAAAUGUGAAGCUAGGACAAAUUGGAAUUGGGCACUUGUGCAACACGAUAGCUGUCUAAAGUAAUGGACGUGUUUAACAGUAUUUAGUUCAGCGUGUCAUUGUCUCGGCGAGUGUCACGGCGCGCGGGCACAUUGUCCGCUGCCAGCGUGACAGUUGGCUGCACAUUCGUGUCGUUAAAGCUCUAUUUUAGAUACCACGAAACAGGUCAUAAUACUCAUAAUCAAGAUCUUUGCACUAUGGUUGCCCCGUGGAUAUUGUUGGCCCUAUGAAAUAAAAUAGCAAAGAUUCACUCAUUGUAUUAGAUGUGUAAAGUCUAAGACAAAUUUAUGCUUCGAAUUUAACGGGUAGAUGGCGCUAUACAGCUUCGUUGAAUAUGCGGUAAUUCCCUCCAAGGGUAAUUCCCGUUGUCAAACGUUGACGUUUGAAAAAUGCAGCUACAGCGCCAUACUCACUUUUUUUAGCUUCAGUGCGUAUAUAGGUACCUCUUUGUAUAUAUGGUGCUUCAAAUCUUGUAACUUAAAUUUGAACCACUUCCACUGUCUGAUUGAGCUGAAAUUUCGUAUACUUCCACAUUUCCGAUGACAAUGCAAUAAUAUGCUAACAAGGAGCUGAUCUGAUGAUGCAGUCGGAAGGUAGCCAAAGGAACUCUUCGAAACACUUUCGAGUUUAGGCUCAUUUGAAAGGUCUCGAGAAGUACUUGAUAGACAUGCCAAGGAAAGAAAGUACAGUCGGCAAUAAAAGUGUGUAUUAAAAAAUAUUUUGGACGGUUAAAUACUUGUUUACACAUUCUAAUAUAAUCAAUGAAUAUUUGGUAAUAUACAAUGCUGUUAGAGAUUUUAAAUUUUAAGCCCGCGGUUUAUUGUACAAUUUGGUCUUUUGUGCAAAGUUUAGUUAUUUGUACCUUACAUGUUGAAUUGUUAAGUUUUAAGUAAAGCUAUUUUUGUCUCGCUUAUUUAACCUAUUUAUGAAAUUUUAUCAUUAGAUUCUAUAAUAUGAAACUGAGUUUCAGUGCAAUAUUACAUUACAAAAGCACCAAGGGAAGCUAAUAUGUGAUAGUUGAUAAGAAUAAUAACAGUAUAUUUUGAAAAUAAAGGUACUUCUAUGUUUAUAAAGAUUACAAUCACAGACUAAUAUUUUUGUUAACACAUUUAUUUAUCUUGCCGGAGAUGUGUCAGAACAAUAUAGAAGUAUGAUAGUGUUAAGCAGUUUGCUUGUAACUGUGAUAAACAUUGUAUUGUAGUCGGAAGUGGGUUGCUUUAAUGAUUUAGGUCUUACCCAUGUUAUAGUAAUGUUCGACACACUUCUCAUAGCCUAGUUGAAAGAUAUUUAUAAGAGGCACUUCUUACAUUACAUUUUAUGGCUAGUUAUAAUGUUAUGGAGGAAAAACUUAGGAAGUGGUAAUGGACAUUAAUAAAAGUCAAAUUAACAACACCUGAUCUCAAGUUCUGUCAUUGUGAUCUAUGUACCAAAUUGUGAUCAAAAACCGUUUUGCAUCAGAAAUAGGAACUGAGUGGAACUUUACAUAGGCCUCCUGGGUCCCUGAGGUCUUUUUUAUAAAGUAUUUAAUCCAAAUGGAAUAUAAUAAGGUUCCAAAUUCAAAACUGCAAUAAUGACAAGGGGGACUCAGGAGGAUAGAGUUAAAAUUUCAAAACAUUGUACAUCUCAUCACAAUGGCUUAAAAUGGAGUGGCUAAAGCAUAAAUGAUUGAGAUUUAUAGUAAAAGUGCCACUUCCAAGGUGCCUUUGCUAGUAUUUUGUCUAUCACAAUUUUUCUCUGGAUUAUAGCUAUGAUUGAUAUGAGGUAACUUAAGGGGGCUUGUUGGUUGCUUAAAGCCCUUAAAUAAAAUAUGAAUUUAUUUGUUUUCAAACUAACAUAAAAGUAACUUUUGUUUUUAAAGUUAGCCUCUUGAACAAGGGUUGGAACAAGAGGCAGAUUAUGACUAUGGAGCUACCUUCAAAUCAGCUACCUUGCUUUCUAAGAUUGAAAAUUUACAUUAACAUCUUAAAGGCCUUAAAACUGGGCUAAUCAACUUUUUCUUGUCAUGAGAUGCCGUUGUUAUGAUGUACCUUAAUAAAAACCAUAAUUAAAAAUAAAACAUUCUAUUUUGUGGCAGUUAUACAGCCCUUUCAAUUAUGGGCCAGCUACUAAACAUGUUAGUUUUGUCUUAAAACAUUUUUUCUAAGAAUCUUACUGUGAUCAUCUGGCUGACAGGAUGGAAUAACAAGGAAUAACUGAUCAAACCAGAAAAUCAGGAAUUGAAUUGUGAGUGAUGUCUAUAACUUGUUUUAAUUGGUGACAAUACAGCCUGUGUUGGGUCUAGUCUUGUAAACUGUUUGAUCUAUUGUAAAUUCUACUGAUAUCAUUAAGAGUAGGGACCUGAGUUUUAAUUGUAAAAGGAAUAAUUCUAUAAUACUCUGUUUAUCAUUGAGGUUGAUGGAUAUAUUCUUAACAUUUUAGGAUAUGAUAUAUUCAAGAUGAUGUAUAUGUACUGAAAAUAAAAGUAUUUUAUUUCGGAAA